AUGUCGUCUCCCGACUCAAUCCCAGCCGAACAUCUUCUGAGAGCAGAAGUUUUCGCGAAGCUCGGCAUUCCACUCGCUCGAGAGAAAACUGCAAGACCCAUCUCCAAUAUCAGAGGAUAUCACUCCAAGCACACGGCACGCACACUUGACACCAUGUUCAUCCUGGUGUUCUUCGGCUUUCUGAGAUGCUCAGAGAUCUCAACCACGUCCAGUUUCAAUCCCUCAGUUCACCCCACCAUCUCCGACCUGUUUAGAUACCGCCUAGCACCAGCGUAUCAUUUUCCUAUCCCUUUUGAGGAUGUGUAUGGUGUGGUAAAGUACUUCCUUGAUGUUGACGUUCUGAGGAGCUACCAUAUCAAUCCAGAACGAAUCGCUGUGUCGGGGGACAGUGCAGGAGGCAACCUUGCAGCUGCUGUGGCCCAGCAGUUGCAGCAGGACUCAAGGAACAAUGUCCACCUGAAGGUCCAGGCUUUAAUCUAUCCUGUCCUGCAAGCUCUAGACCUUAACACCCCCUCCUAUCAGCAGAACCAGCAUAUGCCUAUAUUAUCCCGCACACUGAUGAUUCGGUUUUGGAGCGAGUACUUCACCAGCGAUAAGUCAUUUUUCCGUGCCAUGAUGACAAACACACACAAUAAUCCGGAAUCAGCUGCUCUGCUUAAAUUUGUGAACUGGAGUUCAUACUUACCGGAUUCGUUCCGACAGACUUACAAUUACAGUGCCCCACCUGUGGCCAUCGGAAAAAAUCCAGUACACUCUUUUGCUUCGUACCGUUGGCUCAUAGAUCCAAGGGCAUCGCCACUGCUGGUGCCUGACACAACUUUGCGGUUACUGCCUAAGACGUAUGUGCUGACAUGCGAGUAUGACGUACUGCGGGACGACGGCUUAAUGUAUGUCAUGCGCCUGCGUAAUGCUGGAGUUGAUGUGACACAUGAACAUUACCCCGGUGGAUUUCAUGGUGCACUUAUGUUCACUGUGUGGCCCUCAGACUUUGAGAUUGGACGUAGGAUGAUAGACAACUACGUUACAUGGCUUAAGCAAAAUUUAUAACAUGUCGAAUGCAACAGUGCUUUAUGCAUCAGUUUCGUUUGACUGGUUCAGAUGACAUUAUUUAUUUAGUUUUAUUUUUUUGCUCUGUAGUUUACAGUGCACCACUUUUUUAUAUUUUAAAAUGGCACACUUUUUAUUGUAUUUGAUGGUCUAUCAUGGCAUAAACAUUCCUGGCCACAUCUGGUUUUAAGGAACACUGGUCUUAACUGUUUCACACGGUCAAGUAUUACAUUUUACAUUACAUUUUACAACUAUGUAUAUGUUUAUGAUGAAUUUAUCUGAAUUUAAUUCUAUAUUGCUGGCUGUUUUACCUUCCUGAAGGUUUGAUAUGCAGUAAACUGUCAGCCGAGUCGCUGCCUCUCUUCAAAUAUAUCAACUAUACAACGAGUUUAACUUGGUGUUUUGAAAUGUAGGCUUAGUAAACAAAAUAAAAGCAAAUGUGUCAUACUAAUAUAAAUGUUUAAAUGCACUGAUCAACAUGAAGUCAUUUGGGAUAAUCUUUUUAUAACAUUACUCGUGUAGUAGUCAUGGACCAACUGCAUUUGUGACCUUGUCGAUGGAAAGAAUAUCCCACAAUAAAACAAUGUGACAUUAUGCUAAAUUGUUUGUUUUUUUACUCUUUUCUGGGGUAGUAAGCAUGCUGUGGC